CUCAUCCAGCGGUGUCUUACAUCAGCUUACUGUGCCUGAAUGUGAGAACUGAGAGAACUUCGUAGAGAAAGAAAAACCCUUGUUUUUAUCCUCCUGUUACUCAUACAUUACUUGGAAUUAGGAAAGCCCUGGACAAAUGGUCUGAAAAAAAGCAACCCAAGCAGAAUGAUAGUCCCGUCUCCGCCUGAGAUGAAGCAACUUUGGAAGAUGCUCUUUCCGCUCCUUAUUCUCCUUUACCUAUCAGGAGCUGUCAAGUCUCAAGUAAAUCCAGGUGUGUGUCGGUCCCCGUUAGGAAUGUCCAGAGGCCAGAUCUUAGAUGAAGACAUCUCAGCUUCCAGUCAGUGGUCAGACUCAACAGCAGCAAAGUAUGGCAGGCUGGACUGUGAGGAAGGAGAUGGUGCGUGGUGCCCUGAGAUAGCAGGAGAACCUGAGAAUAUGAACGAGUUCCUGCAGAUUGACCUCCGUUCUCUGCACUUCAUCACUCUGGUGGGCACUCAGGGACGUCACGCAGGGGGCAUUGGUAAUGAGUUUGCCCAGACCUACAAGAUCAAAUAUAGCCGCGAUGGCAGCCGCUGGAUCUCCUGGCGCAACAGGCAGGGCAAAGAGGUGAUUGAGGGGAACAGGAAUGCAUAUGACAUUGUGCUGAAGGACUUGGAGCCGCCCAUCAUUGCACGUUUUGUCCGCUUCAUGCCCGUCAUCGAUCACUCAAUGAACGUUUGCAUGCGUGUGGAACUGUAUGGCUGUGAGUGGCUGGAUGGCUUGGUGUCAUAUAAUUCUCCACUUGGCCAGCAGAUGACUCUCAAUGGACAGUAUAUUUAUCUCAAUGACUCUGUGUAUGAUGGCGCCAUGAGUUACAGUAUGACAGAAGGACUUGGGCAGCUAACGGAUGGCAUGUGUGGUCUCGAUGACUUCAAACACAGUCACGUGUACAACGUAUGGCCUGGUUAUGACUAUGUCGGCUGGACCAACGAGAGCUUUCCCAAUGGUUAUGUUGAGAUCAUGUUUGAGUUUGACCGUACCCGCAACUUCACCACCAUGAAGGUGCACUGCAACAACAUGUUCUCCCAAAGGGUAAAGACCUUUCAGAAGGUGGUGUGUUAUUUCCGCUCAGAGUCGGACUGGGAGUCCACACCUAUAUCAUUCAGCCCUGUAAUGGACGAUGUCAACCCCAGUGCCCGCUUCGUCACCGUCUCACUCUACAAUCACAUGGCCAGUGCUAUUAAAUGCCAGUACUACUUUUCUGACAUCUGGAUGAUGUUCAGUGAAAUCACCUUCCAGUCAGAUACAGCCAUGUACAACACAACUCUGGCUCCCCCCAAGCCCGGUCCUCCCACCAGCAAUCAGCCAGAGGAUGACCCCACCCACAAAGUAGAUGACAGCAAUACUCGGAUCUUGAUUGGCUGCUUGGUCGCCAUCAUCUUCAUUUUAGUGGCCAUUAUUGUUAUUAUAUUAUGGAGACAAGUGUGGCAAAAGAUGCUUGAGAAGGUGUCUCGGAGGAUGCUGGACGAUGAACUAACUGCUAGUCUGUCAAUACAGAGUGAGACCUUCACCUAUAACAACAACAACAGCCCCUCCUCAGUGCCCAGCGAGCAGGAGUCCAACUCCACCUAUGAGCGCAUCUUCCCUCUGGGACCCGACUACCAGGAGCCCUCCCGUCUGGUCCGCAAACUGCCGGAGUUUUCCCAAACAUCCGAGGAUACUGCUUCAACAAGUACAGCUUCCAAGUCUCCUCCAGUCAGUGUGCAAGAGGGUGUCCCACAUUAUGCUGAGGCAGACAUAGUCAACCUGCAGGGUGUGACUGGGGGCAACACCUACGCCGUGCCCGCCCUCACCAUGGACCUGCUGUCAGGGAAGGAUGUCGCUGUGGAGGAAUUUCCUCGGAAACUGCUUACCUUUAAAGAAAAGCUGGGAGAAGGGCAGUUUGGAGAGGUGCAUUUGUGUGAAGCAGAAGGCAUGCAAGAUUUCAUGGAUGAAGACUUCUCCUUCGAUGUCAUUGAAAACCAAACAGUGCUUGUGGCUGUUAAGAUGCUUCGAGCGGAUGCAAAUAAAAACGCUAGGAAUGAUUUCUUGAAGGAGAUAAAGAUCAUGUCACGAUUGAAAGACCCCAACAUCAUCAGGCUGCUGGCAGUAUGUAUGAGCUCUGACCCUCUGUGUAUGAUCACUGAAUACAUGGAGAAUGGAGACCUUAAUCAGUUCCUGUCUCGCCAUGAGCCCGAGGGCAUGAUCGCUCUCCUCAGCAACGCUCCAACAGUCAGCUACAGUAACAUACACCACAUGGCCACGCAGAUCGCUUCUGGCAUGAAGUAUCUAUCUUCGCUCAACUUUGUGCAUCGGGACUUGGCCACCCGCAACUGCCUAGUAGGAAAGAACUACACCAUCAAGAUUGCAGACUUCGGAAUGAGUAGGAACCUGUAUAGUGGAGACUACUACCGUAUCCAGGGCAGAGCGGUGCUGCCCAUCCGCUGGAUGUCCUGGGAGAGCAUUCUUCUGGGGAAAUUCACCACAUCCAGUGAUGUGUGGGCUUUUGGAGUGACCCUUUGGGAGAUGCUUACCUUCUGCAAAGAGCAGCCCUACUCACAGCUUUCAGACGAGCAGGUCAUUGAAAACACAGGGGAGUUCUUUCGGGAUCAGAGGAGACAGAUAUACCUGCCCCAGCCGCCAAUGUGUCCUGACCCCGUCUACAAGCUCAUGUUGAGCUGCUGGCACAGGAACACCAAAGAGCGUCCAUCUUUCCAGGAGAUUCAUCACACACUACUGGAGUGCAAGCCGUAGUGUACACUUAUGUGCCAACCUUGGCACUCCUAGAGACAUUUCAGUUCGCCCACAGGACUCCAGUCAUCUACACACCGCAACACGCACUUAUACAUUCCCAUAUAUAGGAAGUGAGAUCAGAAUCUAUUAUUUUUCUGUAGCAAUUUUCACUGUGAGUGUGCAAAGGCAAACUGAUAUAUAUAUAUAUAUAUAUUGUACGAUUGAACUAUACACCCCCUAAGUGCCUUCGGUUGGCAUACAAUACCUGGGCAGCACUAGGCCAAAGAAAAUGUAGCAAUAAAUUUAGGCACCUUUAACACAGAAGAAUUGGAUUUUAGACACUGUGUAUUUUCUCCAAAUAACUUUAUUCUAACUGAAAUAUCUAUUUCUGAAUAGAAAAAGACAAUGCAUUAAGACAAGGUAUUGGCUACUAAUGGGCCUUUUAUUAUUUCCAAUUUAUUGUUGUUUUCAGUGUUUUGAGGCCGAAGACAGCUUGAAUGUAAAUAAGAAUCAUUAAUUGACAUUCAGAUUCACCUUUGGUUUUAUCUUGAUGUCGCUUGACGUUUGUGUACAUGUUCAUCUCAUUUAUUGAAAAUGCUAAAGUAUUUUGUUAUUUUACAUAUUUUAUUAUUUUCUCUGUAGUAAACUGCAAAGACCACUUUCAACCAAGUGGAGUAACAGAAAGUUUAUCUGGUUGUCACAGAAUUUGAAAUUCAAAAUCAGAAAAAUUCAAUCAAAAUUGUAAAUGUAAAAUAUUAUAGUUAUCCUGCAACUACCUAUAUAUGUGUUUAUAUUUAAGUGUACUGCUUUACAUAAGUGUUUUGCUUGUUAUGGUGAUAAUGGUGAUUAUUUAAGUCCAUUUCAUUAUUUUUCUUUGCUCAUCAACUUUUGUAUCAACAAACAGAAAUUUAUAGCAUAAUGAGCUAUACAUAGCCAUAAUCCUUUUACAGAAAUCUGUUACAAUAUUUGCAUGAAGUUGGAUGAAAUACGAUAUAGUUAAAUUACUUACAUUUUUUCAUUACAUUUGUCCUAUGUGUUCAUCUAUUCUCAAAGUAGGCCGAAUGGGGCAGUAAGUACAUUUAUUAUCACCAGUUUUGUUUAUCUGUAGAAAAGAUGAAAAUUAGCUUAUUUUCAAGCUGUUUGUCUUUCUUUUAUGUUUGAGUAUAUUCUAGGUGGUGCUGAAUUGCUAAACUGUUGGAUAAAUACUGGAUUUGUAUUGAACAGAUGCACUAUGAUGGUUUACAGUAAGUUGUGAUAUGUUUUCGCAUGUGAAAAGUGCUGCAAAUGGGACACUCAGAAAUCUGUUUUGUAAUUAACUUGUAUACUUGUAAAUCAUUUUUGUAUGGUCAUUGUAUAUGACAAUAAUAUUGAAAAUGUGUGCACCUUUUGGGGUCAGUUGAGAUAUCUGCCAUUUUAUAAGAAGUGUUUUGGUUGUGGAAUUAAAAAUCUCUUAUCUAUAUGUAUAGAAUAAUUUUAACAUUCUUGACAUGACUGAUGAAGUUGCAUUAUAGAUAUGCUUUAAUUCUGCACUGUUUAAAUGUUUUACUAGCUGGUUUUCUCAACAAGUCUAUAAAAUUUUCUUCCUUCAUACUAUAAACACAAAACAGUAUAGUCCUUUUUCAGACUUUAAGUUUGUUUACAAAAACCUAGAAAUAUUCAACAUUCCACUUUAUAAAACAUGUCUUUGUGAGAAAAGGAAAAAAAAACUUCUUUUUUUUUUAAUCCAUAUGAAAAAUAUCCUGCAUUUUCUUUCUUUAAUCCUUAAAUGAUUUGGUGCUCUAUUUGUAUUCCUAAGCUUUGUGCUGUAUGCAGUCUUUUUUCACUAAUAACCUAUUGUACAUGUAGGCCUAAGUGUUAGAAAAUUGUACAUAAGAUAUAAUAAAUUGAUGAAUCUCUAAA